CAGAGGGUCCGGGAGCUGGCCCCAUCAAUGGAUUUGCAUUCUGGGGUAGAGAGCUGGGGGUCCGGUCUGAACCCCGUGGGAAUCUAACCCCGGAGCGCAGCUUGGCCCAGCCUACUCGCGCCGGCGGCCAUGGCGGGCACCCUAGACCUGGACAAGGGCUGCACGGUGGAAGAGCUGCUCCGCGGCUGCAUCGAAGCCUUUGAUGACUCCGGGAAGGUGCGAGACCCGCAGCUGGUGCGCAUGUUCCUCAUGAUGCACCCCUGGUACAUCCCUUCCUCUCAGUUGGCGGCAAAACUGCUUCACAUUUACCAACAAUCCCGAAAGGACAACUCCAGUUCGCUGCAGGUGAAAACAUGCCACUUGGUCAGGUACUGGAUCUCAGCAUUCCCAGCAGAGUUCGACUUGAACCAUGAGCUCGCUGAGCAGAUCAAGGAGCUGAAGGCUCUGCUGGACCAAGAAGGGAACCGGCGGCACAGCAGCCUCAUCGACAUUGAGAGCGUCCCCACAUACAAGUGGAAGCGGCAGGUGACCCAGCGGAACCCCGUGGGACAGAAAAAGCGCAAGAUGUCCCUGUUGUUCGACCACCUGGAGCCCAUGGAGCUGGCGGAGCAUCUCACUUACCUGGAGUAUCGCUCAUUCUGCAAGAUCCUGUUCCAGGACUAUCACAGUUUCGUGACUCACGGCUGCACCGUGGACAACCCUGUCCUGGAGCGAUUCAUCUCCCUCUUCAACAGUGUGUCACAGUGGGUGCAGCUCAUGAUUCUCAGCAAGCCCACAGCCCCACAGCGGGCCCUGGUUAUCAAGCACUUCGUCCACGUGGCAGAGAAGCUGCUACAGCUGCAGAACUUCAACACGCUGAUGGCAGUAGUCGGGGGCCUGAGCCACAGCUCCAUCUCCCGCCUCAAGGAGACCCACAGCCACGUCAGCCCUGAGACCAUCAAGCUCUGGGAAGGUCUGACAGAAUUAGUGACGGCCACUGGCAACUAUGGCAACUACCGGCGCCGGCUGGCAGCCUGUGUGGGCUUCCGUUUUCCCAUCCUGGGCGUGCACCUCAAAGACCUGGUGGCCCUGCAGCUGGCAUUGCCUGACUGGCUGGACCCUGCCCGGACCCGACUUAAUGGGGCCAAGAUGAAGCAGCUCUUCAGCAUCCUGGAGGAGCUGGCCAUGGUGACCAGCCUUCGGCCACCAGUGCAGGCCAACCCUGACCUGCUGAGCCUGCUCACGGUGUCUCUGGAUCAGUAUCAGACGGAAGACGAGCUCUACCAACUGUCCCUGCAGAGGGAGCCGCGCUCCAAGUCCUCGCCCACCAGCCCUACGAGCUGCACCCCACCACCCCGGGCCCCAGUGCUGGAAGAGUGGACUGCAGCUGCCAAACCCAAGCUGGAUCAGGCACUCAUGGUGGAACACAUCGAGAAAAUGGUGGAGUCUGUGUUCCGGAACUUUGAUGUUGAUGGAGACGGCCACAUCUCACAGGAAGAGUUCCAGAUCAUCCGUGGGAACUUCCCUUACCUCAGCGCCUUUGGGGACUUGGACCAGAACCAGGAUGGCUGCAUCAGCAGGGAGGAGAUGGUCUCCUUCUUCCUGCGCUCCAGCUCCGUGCUGGGAGGCCGCAUGGGCUUCGUACACAACUUCCACGAGAGCAACUCCUUACGCCCGGUUGCCUGCCGCCACUGCAAGGCCCUGAUCCUGGGCAUCUACAAGCAGGGCCUCAAAUGCCGAGCCUGUGGCGUGACCUGCCACAAGCAAUGCAAGGAUCGCCUGUCAGUUGAGUGCCGGCGCCGGGCCCAGAGUGUGAGUCUGGAGGGGUCUGCAUCCUCACCCUCACCCACACACACCCACCAUCGCGCCUUCAGCUUCUCCCUGCCCCGCCCGGGCAGGCGAGGCUCCCGGCCUCCAGAGAUCCGAGAAGAGGAGGUACAGACUGUGGAGGAUGGCGUGUUUGACAUCCACUUGUAAUGAUGCUGUGACUGGAUCGAGCACUCCUGCCUGACUGGGAGACCAGACCUCGAGCAGAGCAGGGAGCCUGGGUGCUGGGGCUGGGGGGCGGGAUGUGAGGGUGGCAUGCGGUUGAGGGCAGGGCCAGGGCUGGGGUCCCUAAGGUUGUACAGACUCUUGUGAAUAUUUGUAUUUUCCAGAUGGAAUAAAAAGG